AUGGCUGAAGGGGUCUCUCGGCCGCAGCUCACGCCGGUGGGCGAGAAGUUGCUGCCGGCAAAAUGCAAGGCGGACACGCUGACAUACUGUCCCACGAUGGAUCUCAUCGCCUUGACUACGGAGGAUGAAGAGCUCCACGUGUUCCGGUUGAAUGGGCAGAGGGUAUUCGGGGGCUCGUUCAAGGGUGAUCCGUAUCUGGGGGAGGACGAGGCGGACGGUGAGAUCCGGGCGCUGAAGUGGAAGGAUAACGGGAACUUACUUGCGGUCGCUUGUGCGGAUGACACCGUCCGCCUUAUCAGCUCUUACACGGGCAAGACAGUGCACCACUACUCUGCGACUCAGUCGCAGACGCAGGGCUCCCGGCUCGUCAGCAUCAGCCGUUUAGGCUGGGAAGUCAACUUUACAGACAGCAGGGCUGCACAGCGGCACCUGCACGAAGCUGCAGGGCAACUUACCGUCUCGGACCUGCUGUCUCCGGAUACCCAGCCGUCGAAAGCAGCGGCUCUGCUCAAGGCUGAUUUACCCCGGGAGCUGGCAUUGCUGGACAUCGAAAGCUCCCUGCCGAAAUUGAGUACAUUGCCCGCAACGGGAAGCGAUGAUGAUGUGUUCAGCUCCCGGGCGUCCAUCGACGCGAUCUUCCAUUCCUCGUCGAAGAAUAACAACGAUGCGGUUGAUGUGCUGCUGGUCGGGUUCGAAGAUGGGAACAUCCACCUGCGCAUCUUUGACUGCUUCGAGAUCGGCUCGUUUCAGAUCGGGGCUUCGAUAGGAGGCUCCCCAUGCAAUAUUAUGAGACAUGCGUCGCAUCCGCUGAGCUCCACGCAUGCGUUGCUGGCACUUACACCGACUGCGGACUCGUCUGAUGCGCUUCGUCUAUUCACGACUGAUCUUCGGUUCAUCACGAGAUCCGGCCGGUAUCUAUCUCUUCUGGCAUAUAAGACCACCCAGCUGCAGAAUCUGCUCCGUUAUAUCUGUCAGGUGCAGAGGCAGAUCGAGCUGGAGUGGAAAAAUGCGCAGGAGUUGCCAGCGCGGUACAUGCGCAGUAUCAAUGAGGAUCUGCAGGAGAAAUGCCACUGCGAUUUUGUCACUGCUGCCUAUCAUUUGGUGGUGACCGGGGAUUGCUUUGAGCCGCUCAAGGAAUUUCUGGUAGACAUUGUCGGAGAACGAGGGCACAAGCGAUGGGAGAAAGCCGUCUCAGGCGGUUAUGAAAAUGUUCGCCGACUGACUCACGAGUGUCUUCUUCCCGCCCUCGAACGAUGCGAGGUUCUGCUCAGCCGCCUUAUUGGCCUUUCUAAGUUCCAGAAACUCAGCGAGGUGUUAGGCCUGGAGACAGCGAACCUCAACGCGAUCGUCGAGACACUGGACUGCCUGCACCUCCUCUCUCACCACAUCAUCAUCCACGCUAACGAGGAACUCUCGCAAUUCGUCUCGUUCUCCCAAUGGCUUCGCCACGAGAUCGACAUGCAAAGCGCAGAACCCAUGUCCCAAACUCUGGAGGAGCUCAUGGAAAAGACAGACUUGACGGAAUACCCGCAGACCCUCAAGUAUAUCCGAGGUGCGCUGACGAAGAGCACCCUCCAGAAUUUCAUCCACCAGCUUCCCAUGAUGGGAAUACCAAUGGUAAGGCUAUCUGCCACUACAUCUGACAAGUGGGCGACUGGCAAUGAGGGGUCGUUUUACGAUACAUUCAAAAAGUUGCUUGAGCAGCUGGAUCAAGCACAUGACGACGCAGAUCCGCCGAAGUUGCCCAAGAUGAAUGACCUGACCAAGCGUUUGGGGUUACAGUUUGAGAAGCUGUUUGCAGAUAUCGCGUUGACCCAGCGCCGGGGCAUUCUCCAUCGCUCACCUCUGGCUCUUCAUGCAGAUGCCGACAGGGAGGUGUUCGAUAUGGCCACGUGCUACGAGAAUACCGAGACGGAAGAAAAUAGUGUGAUCUAUAUUGCUGCACGAUCACGUAAGACUCAUCACAUGCUCUACCUCUACCGAGUAGUUUUGGACUCCGAAAACGGGGUCAGCUCUACUCGAGCCAUCUGCAUCGGAGCUGUCGACUUGCAAGAAGGAGAGAUUCACCAGAUUCUGUUCGUACAAGAUGAUACAGUAAUGCUGCUCUGGUCCGAUAACCAAGGAGCUGCAUACCUGCUCAAUUUCCCCUUCCAGCCAGCAUCCACGUUUAAUCACGAGGAAAUCUUCAGUUCGCCUUCGCCUUUCUUCAUCAAUUACAGCGACGUCUGCGAUUUUACCGCGCCUGAACCAACGACUGAUACCAUGACUUUAGACUUGCUGUCGCCGGAUUCGACGCAUGCAAGCCUUAUCAAGCACGCCUUUGCGGUCUCGGGUCCCAAAGCCAAGCCGCUGCGGUUCGACGUCAACGGACGGAAAGGUCGCCGGGCGAUCUGCGUGCUGUACAGCGAUGGAUUGCGGUAUGAGGUGCUAGACAUGGAUGCUGAAAUGGCCGAUGAAGACGACGAGGAGAGUGACUACUAG